GUCAGUUCGUUCGCGUUUUCCGUCGCAAAAGCCUGUGCGAGUCCAGUGUUUUUCCGGGCUUCAACGGGACAAUUCCCAAAAGUCGUAAGAAGUGAGAAAUGGCAGCGGCUUCCAAAAGUGUUGCAGGACAUUAAAAGAGUUUACGAGCCGCGCAAAUAAACGUUGGACUCGAAAGUGAUCUGUGAAACACGUUAAUUAAAUCAAAUCACUAGCAUUGAAUAGUGCCAAAAGAUACAUAUCGGAGUUCUGUUUACCCCUGGCACUGCGACAGUGAAUGGCUUUGACAUUGGCGCCACAUUUGCAUCCGGGCAGGUGUAAAUAUUCAUUUCUGUAGCUGGCAAAGUUGCUGCCUGCUUUUAGCAUAAUUAAGCGCAUCACCACGCCCCCAGCCGCCGCCCCCGCCAUUCGCAAAGGACUCGAGGUGGACAAAAAACUUGGCCAGAGCCUUGAAACUUUGAAGAGCAGCCGCCAGUCAAAGCAGCUUUAAGGUCCUGUUUUGUAUUUGCCCCUCACAUCCGCAGGAUCCGCAGGGGCAGGCGAACUGCAUGGAUACCGCACCAUGUAAGCACCUGAUGCGGAACAAAGCGUCGCGAUGAGGCGUCGAACUCUGGCCACCACUGCAGCAUGUCCUUGUCGGAACGGAAUACACCCAGCCAUGGGCAGGGAGCGGGGGCAGGAGGUGGGUCGGGGGGACUGGCGGGUGGAACGCACCGCCAGCGACCGCCGGACGUGGAGGAGGCGCUCUCCUCGAUGCUCUGGACGCCCUACGAGCGCACACCCCUGCCCAGCUCAUCGGAGGAGGAGGCCGAGGAGGAGGACGACGACGAGCGGCUCAAUCGGCAGCUGCGCAAGUCGCACAGCAGCUACGAGGCCUCGGCCUUGAACCACCCCCACCACGCCCACCUCCCGCUUUUCGCCCACCACCAGCAGGCCCUGGACAGUGGGUCCGCCCUGCUUCUGCCCCCCGUGCCUUCGUUUCCCCCAUUUAGUUUAAGCGCCUUCGACGCGGCCAUCGCUGGCUACGACCACCUGGCCAAGGUGAGCUUCUCCGCCGGCGGUGAGGGUGGCCGGCGGAACCGUUACUCGUUCCCCGCCUACCAGGGAAGCCCCACCCGCACAUUGACCCAAUGGUGCUCCACGGCCGCUACUUCGAUCAAGGAGCCACCCUCCUACGACUCCCUGUACAACUCCACCAGCUCGAAGAUUGGAGCGCCCGCUGCCUCGUCUUUGAUUCCCAAGAGCAGCGGGGAAGUGGGCGUGGUGGGUCUCGAACCAUGUGAUAGAUCGCAACGAUCGCCAACGAAAGCAGCAGCAGUGGAUCCGGAUCAGGAUCAAGAUCGAGAUCUGGACGAGACUGGUUCCAGGGCUGCACCACUAACGGCUAAUGUUCCCGCUGGCUUGGGUCUAAGGCGCUCCUUUACGGAUGACUACAUUUCGCAGAAGUGCGCUCCAUUCACGCCAGCAACUGCAAGGCAGCACAACAGCAACAACAGCAACACUGAGACAACGGCAACGGAAACACAAAGCCCAGCAACGAAUGCAAGAUCACAACAAAGCGAAGAAAACCCAACCAGCAGCGCAGCGAAUUGCAUUAUCAAUGAACAGAGAGAUGAACCAGCAACUGCAACAUCAGCAGCAGCUGCAGGAGCGGCAGCAGCGGCAGGGAAUGAGGAAACCAGCUCGGUGGCAGUGCAGGUCAGUCAACCUGUUUCCUGUGCCGCCAGAGAGCGGAGAGAGCUGCUGAGAGCCAGCAACACGAGCACGCCAGGGAGUAGCAGCAGCACUAGCAACAUCAGCUACGUGAGCAACAUCAGCGGCGAGCGCUCGGCGAUCAGUCUCUCGGCAACUUUCGGCGGGCCAACAUUGUACAGCGCGAACAGCAGCAACCGGAAUUGCUACAACAGCAACAGAAGCAGUAGCAACCAUCGCCCACUGUACGAUUCGAGCAGCAGCAGCGUGCUGCGGCCCAACAAAUGUUUGGCAGAACUCGAGCGUCUCUAUGCCGAAUUUCGCGCGAGUGAAAGCAGAUUCGAGCGGGGUCUGAGCCAGUGCCAGUUGGACAUUGAAAACGCCAACGCCACCGACACCGUUAGCGAAAUGCGUCUAAAUGUGCCAGCCACUGCGGCAGCAGACACUAGUUGUAGUAACUCCAACAGCAGCAGCAACAACAACAGCAGCAGCAGCAGCAGCAGUGUGUUUCUCAAUGUGUCCGGCAGCAGCAGCACCGACAGCGGCGACAAUCAAGUUGUCGAUGAGGCUAGGAGCAUCAGCAACAUUGCUGUGCUGCCAGCAACAGCAACAACCACAACAGCAACAGCCACUUCCAAGUCCUGCCAGCGACAGCCGAGCCUAACGAUCCAAGUGAACAACAACAACAGCAAUAACAGCACUAACGGUACUAGUAACGGCAAUCGGGUCUCGGUGGCUUCGCCCACUAGCAUCGUGAACAACAACAACGGCGUGUGCGUUGUCAACUGCAGCUACACCCCCAGCAGCAGCAACAACAACAACAACAACAACAGCAGCAGCAGCAGCUGCAUCAGCAACACCACCAACAGCAACAUCAGCAACAAUAACAGCGUGGUCGAAAUCAAUAAGUGUGUGCCAGCAGCAGCCAAAGUGUUUAGUGCAAGUGUUCAAAAUCAAAAUAGGCUCAAUAAUAAUGGCAGCUGCCCAAAUGGGGAUCAGCAACAUGUUGCUGCUGUUACCACGGCCAGCAAUAAUAAUCAUGUGCAGCCCGAUAACAGUGUGAAUAUAAUCAAUGUGAAUGCCAGCAGCAGCAGCAGCAGCAACAGCAACAGCAACAAUAACCACCCACGCACCUUCACCUCAACGGAAUGCCAAACGGAUGAUCUGUCAGCCAGUACAUCAUCCAACCUGCAACAGCAGCAGCAGCAACAACAGCAUCAGAUCCGGACACGCGAGCAACGUCGCAAGGAGCGGCGGGAACGCCGGCAGCAGCAACAGCAACAAUUUCAGCCGCAUCAUGCGCGACGUCACCCGCCCCCACCUCCACCGCCCCAACUACACCCACCACCGCACCUGCACCACCCACAUCCCCACCCCCUUCCCCACCCUCAUCCGGCCGCCAUGGGACUGGCACGCGCUCUACUGCCAGACAUCCUCCACGCCCACUACCCGCCGCCCUAUACCGCUCUGCCCGUUCCCGUGCCCGUAGCCAUGUCCGCUGCUCCACCCCCGGCGACUGCUGUUGCGGCAUCUGCUGCGGCAGCGGGACAGCAGCCAGCACAUGCAAGUCCGGCUCCUCCGCCAGCGCUGACGUCCGUGAUAUCGACGGUGCCACUGCCGGGUCCGCUGCCAGCGCCCCUCAUGAACGACGGACGCUUCACGCUGCCGCUGCCCAUCAUGCGCAGAUCCCCCUCGGAGAGAUCGGGCAAAGGCUGCUGUGGCCAGUGGUUCGCCGGACCGCCGCUGCGCGCCCUCAUUGCCGUCGUCGCCCUGGGGGGCGUGGCCUGCGCCCUGGGCGGAGCGGCCUUGGGCGCCACAGGACUCGCCGGACCGCCCAACUCCCACCUCACGGCCGCCCUGCUAAUGAUUGGAGUUGGCGUCGUUUUGGUGACUGUAAGUGGUGCCGCCUGGCGAAUGACGGCGCCCGGCGGCCAGAGCUGCCUGGGAAUCGGCCUGGGCACCAGCGUGGACCUUGGACGUUGUGGCCGGAGGCCCUGCAGUCGCGGCGGCGGAGCUCCGCAUGGUCUGCUCUAUCCGGAGUUCCAGCACCGCCCACCGCCGCCCUCGUACCAGGCCAGCAUGCAGGAGUAUCGGUUGAGACUUUUGCUGUUGGACCGCGAUCGCCAGAAUGGCGUGGUGCGUGGAAAUUCGCCGCCGCCCACUUAUCGAUCUCAUGCGGGCAGCCUGCUGAGGGCUCCAUUGACCACCCUAAGAUCCGGAAUAGGCGGCGGAGGAGGAGGCGGCGCUGGGGGAACAAUCAGCAGCAGCAUGGGCGGCUCGGAGUACAGUUUGCCACCGAGCUACCGCUCCAGGAAUGCCACGCCCGCCAGUCUCGUGUGCAGUGAGCGGAACAUCGAGACGGCUCCGUCCGGACGACUGCUGGCCAACGAGGAUCUGCAGCUGCCGGAGCCGUCGGUGGUGGAGCAAUUGCCUGACUACACGGCGCUGCAGUCGAACACAUUGCUAACCUCGGCCAUUGUGGAGAUAGAGUCCUCCAAUCGCAUUCCGGAGAGGGAAUCCACUGCCACCACGACUGGUGCAUCGACUGGUGCGUCGGCGAUGAGCAAGAACAAGGAUCUGGUGACCAUUGUGACCAUUUCCCAGUCACCCGGCCACAGCAGCCACAACACCCAAACGCAAACUGAAACGCAAAAUGCAGCUGGCCAGGCCAGCGCCCUCGAUCAGAUCGAUAUAUUGGCGCAUCUGUAGCGAUCUGAACGAACUGAACGGUUGCUUCGGAUGCUUCAGAUUCAGACACUCGUUAACCCAAAGGUAUUUAUUUGUACGGAACUCAAGCUGCUCCUAAAUGAAUGUAAUGUAACCCCUAUCUCUAACCUGUAUCUGUAAGCGGCGUUAGCUGAUAAGAUGUUUGUUGUACUUGAAUGUGUUGAAUUUAUUUUUGUAAGCAUUAAGGAGAUGCGCAGCGUAGUUAUUACGAAUUCUAGAUACUUGCAAUUCUACAUAUACGCCUAACCCAUUGAAGUAUUAAUGUAUCCAAAACGAAAUGAAAAUGUUAAAAUUAUAACAUGAGAAACUCUGAGCUCAGCCAAACCACUAUUGAACUGUAAAUACGAUGAAAUUUAGAACGCAUUUCUAGCAACUAAACUAUAAACCAGGCCAGAAACGAAGAGCAAAUACUAAGUAUAUAGUGUAUGUAGGUAUGAGUAUCCUCGGGAUAUGCAUAACUCGCAACGGAACGCUACGGUGACAAAUUUGGCGCGCACUUUCGGAAACCACGAAUAUCCAACUGAAUACUGAACUUCGAUGUCGAUUUCGAUUUCUGAAUGCGUUUCGCACAAAAACAAAAAUAGGUAGACCUACCCCUAAUGAUAUAUAAGUUACGACUAAUUGUACGCGUGUCCUGCACGAGUACAAUACACAGACACACAAACAAACACACAGACACAACAAGAACAACAAAACACACACACACUCGAAAACUAACUUAAAGUCCUUUACCGUAAUGUGCAAGGCAACGUAAACUAAACAAGAGAAAUAAAACCCAACAAAUCGUUGAAAAAUGCCACAAAA